GGGCGUCGGAGUGGGCCUUCCCUUCCCAGGCAAUGCUGCCCAGGGGCGCGCGCGGCUGUUUGCAAAUCGCGCUGCUGCUCGGGGCUGCCGUCUUGUGGGCUUCCCGGCAGAGCUUCUCGGAAGCGGCUGCUGCGGAGCCUCCGCCGGCAGUGAGCGCGGAAAGAAGCCUGGUUUGGGGGCCCGGCUUGCGGGCCGAGGCCACCCUCCCCGUCCGGUAUUUCUGGCUGCAGGCGGUCGGCAGCGACGGGCGCAACUUCACGCGCUCCCCGCCAGGUAUUGCGCCGCGCGGCCGCCGGAGCAGCUUCUCCUGAUUCUCCUUCUCGGGCUCGGCCGGCCGAGGCGCCUCCGAGCGAGGUUUGGAGACCCGCCUCGCACGGGAGACGCCUAGCGCCGCGGCGUCUGGCGGACAGGAGGGCUCGGUGCUGCCCGACGGGUCUGGCUGCGCCCCGGAAGCCGCGCCUGGCUUUGCAGGGCAAGGGGCAGCAGGCCCUCGUGAGGCGGGAGAAGACGGCCAGGCGGGGCGGAAGGGUUGAGCAUCUUCAUGGAGAGUUUGGGGUUAUUAGGAUCCCCUGUGCGAAACCGUGGCGAGCUACUGCUGCCGGUCAGUGUGGGCAGUAGCGAGCUAGGUGGACUAGUAGCCCGGUUUGGCGUCGGGUAGCUUCCUAGGCAUUCUUAGCACAGGCUCACAUUAAAAAAACAACAACCGGAAGAACAAGAAUAACCUUUUUCAGUGCUAUGCUAAAUUUUUAUUUUUUUAAUCUACAGUAAGUAAAGGUAAAGGGACCCCUGACCAUUAGCUCCAGUCGUGGCCAACUCUGGGGUUGGGGCACUCAUGUCGUUUUAUUGGCCAAGGGAGCCGGCAUACAGCUUCCGGGUCAUGUGGCCAGCAUGACUAAGCCGCUUCUGGCGAACCAGAGCAGCGCACGGAAACGCCGUUUACCUUCCUUCCUAUUUAUCUACUUGCGCUUGAUGUGCUUUCGAACUGCUAGGUUGGCAGGAGCAGGGACCAAGAAACGGGAGCUCACCCCGUCGCGCUGAUUUGAACUGCCGACCUUCUGAUUGGCAAGCCCUAGGCUCUGUGGUUUAACCCACAGCACCACCCGCGUUCCUCAGUCUACACAGUGGGUGUGCGUUAUUUUUGACAUGACACCCGGGCCUAGCCACCAUCUCUGCUUGUGGAAGGUAGGCCGAAGUUGCAGGAUGGAGGACGCCUGCUCCUGGAUCAUAUUCCUUGCAGAGGUUUCUUAGGUGCAGUUUGAGUCCAGCGUUAGGUCGUGUUAAAAGCUGUGUGCAAGAGCUGGUCAUAGGCAUAGAGGUAGCAAUGAUCCCAUUCCCAGAUUUAGACUCUUUCAUUAGGAAAGGUUUCCUCCCCUUAUUUAUUUAUUAUUACAUUUACAUUUAUAUUCUGUCUUUCCUACAAGAUAUUCAAAAAAUCCUCCCGCUUUUACUCUUGCCACAGCCCUGCGAGGUAGGCUCGUCUGUGAGAUAAUGACUGCCCCACGGCUCAAUACAGAUUUUAACUUGGAACUCCUUAGUCCCAGCUUAAUACUCUUAAUUGCCACACUGGCUCUACAUAUGGUAGUAAUAAUAGUAAUAGUAAUAGUAAUAGUAAUAGUAAUAAUAAUACUUUAUUAUUUAUACCCCAUCCAUCUGGCUGGGUUUCCCCAGCCAGUCUGGGCGGCUCCCAACAGAAUAUUAAAAACACGAUAAAAACAUCAAACAUUAAAAACUUCCCUAAACAGGGCUGCCUUCAGAUGUCUUCUAAAAGUCAGAUAGUUGUUUAUUUCCCUGACAUCUGAUGGGAGGGCGUUCCAAAGGGCGGGCGCCACUACCGAGAAGCCGAACAUUGCCACCUGCAAAAUGCUGGAAAUCAAAUGUUAAAAAAAGAGAUGGCCACAGAGUCUGGCUCAAACAGGCUCAUGUUGUUCUAUGAGUUGGGAGUCCAAUAAUAUUUGAAAGACCACAGAUAAUUGUCCUUCUUUCCCUCCUUUUCAUCUUAAAAUAAAGACUCCCUGACACCCAGCUUUGUAUUUGAAUGAUGGAUCUAUUCCACAAUCUAGUAUGCCCCUUAUCCCUGGUUCUGCCAGCAAGCUUCUCCUGCAAAGUCCGUUUUGGGAUCAUGGCCUGGGCAAAGCUAUUUUCAGGGUCACAGGGCAGGCGUCAUAGUUGACACACAUGCGCCAGCAAGUAAGGACGGCAAGAAGAAAUUUAAAGGCAAGAAGGAAGGUGGUUGCGCAAAAGUGGUAUACUUUCACACCCUUUCAAAUGGAAGUUCAAGGUGAAAAUGACAAGCAAGCUAAUAGCCUGCCAACAUCCUGAGGAGGUAGGAUGCAUCAUCAAAGUGGCGGGAGCAAAACAGGCCCAACUUGCCUGCAACAGGGUUUGAGUAUAUUGCCAGGUCAUCUGUAAAAUAAGCUGCAGGAGGAUAUGGUUAUUUCUGGUGAGCUGUAAGAAGAGCAGCUCAUUUUGUACACUACCAAAAAAUGUGUAUGUUAGGCAGGAUCAUGAUUUCGUGCACUUGGCAUUGGAACAACAUGGUUGGCAUGCUGUUCUGAAAUGGCACACUCGCCAGACUUUUGCACAGGUAUAAAGCUGACUGAGUAGUUGAUCAACUUUCAUUCUGUCCACAGUGCCAGGAUUCAGACUGCUUCGCCUGCAAGCGCUCUUAACUCCUCUUCCUAUUUCUGUUUGUAUUACUUGGCUUUGUUUACGUUGAGAUGAUAGCAUAGCCUAAGGUAGCAUCUUCUGUUUUCAUCCUUUUUUAAAUUGUCAGUUUACAUUAAGGCUGAUUCACUCGUGAUGUGGGUACAGGUUGUGGCUGUAUUUGCCAGCCUGUAUCAAAUUCUGUGACUUUCCUGUUCUUGCAUGGGAUCAAAGAAUUGCACACGGCUGUGUUUUCGUAAGGAAGAGUAGCUAAUGCAGAGAGACAUGAAAACAAGGUUAUUAAUUCUGCUAUUGAAGUGGCAUUGUAAUUGGAGAGUUUCGGAGUAACAAAAUACGAUAGAGGUGCCUAACAUUAUGCCUGAUGUUGAGAGAGUGAAUAGGGAUAUAUAAAAAAAGUUUUCCCUCUCGUAAGACUAAAACUCGGUUGAUGCUGUGGCCACAGACAUGUGAUCUGACAGUGAGUUUGGGGUAGCCCAAUGCAAAAAUCCUGAGGAUCCAUGUGGAUCCAUGCUUUGUAACCACGUUUUUGCACCACUGCAGCCCCAGGCAACAGUGGGUGCGUGAUUUUUUUGGUGCAAGCUGUAGCCAUGGACAUGCUAUGUGAUCUGAUGGUGAAUUUGGGGUGACCCAGUGCAAAAAUCCUGAGGAUCCAUGUGGAUCCGUGCUUUGUAACCAGGCUCUCUGUCCCUCUCUUCUCCCCACUCAGCGGCUCUUCUCCCGCUUUGCUGUUUCAAAGCGAGCAAAGCGAGCCACGGAGGAGGGAAGGAAGGGGAACCAUGGAUCCUCUGCUCACGACUGCAGCAGAUCCCCCCGCCAUCUGUAGGCAUUCGCUCCAUAACACGCACAGACAUUUCCCCUUACUUUCUAGGAGGAAAAAAGUGAGUGUUAUGGAGCAAAAAAUACGGUACUUCUUUACACAGCACAUAGUUAGCUCCCGCAAGAAGUAGUGAUGGCCAACAAUUUGGAUGGCUUUUUGAAUGGGAUUACAUAAAUUCACAGCAGUUAAGUUCAUCAUUGGUUUUGAACCAUGAUAUCUUUGUUCUGCCCCUCCAUUGUCGGAGAAGGGGCCUCUGGAUACCAGUUGCUUGGAAUCAAAACUGGGGAGAGUACAGGUAGAAUAUAGUCAUUGUGGUUAGCCGCUGUUGAUCUGAUUCAGCAGGGCUUAUCGUAUACACACACACACACACACACACACCAUUUUGUGUGCUGCGUUUCAAUAGCCAAAACCAUACUCAAGGCUACUUACAGCAUGAAAAAAUUACCUAAUUACAAAUGUAACGAAAGUAGUCCUCAACCAUAAAUUAAAACAUCAAAAAGUACACAAAUCAAAUCGAACGAUUUCCGCAUAAAUCACAAUUAGAUCCAAAACAAAUAUACAAAAAGUUAACAGCAACAACACCCCUCCCCAACAAAACCUCUUAAACAAUGCCCUAGCCCAAGAGUCUCUUCAGCAGCCUCGACUUUUGUAGCUGGAGUCAGUCAGGGCCCUGCCAGGUCAGGUGGGGGGACACACCUCACAGCCAAGGUGUUGUUAACUUAAAGCAAGUAACGCAGAAUGUCUAAAGUUAUAUCUGUUUUCUUCUUCCUUAGGAAAUGCACAAUUUGAAGUGAAAAUCAAACCCAUCUCCCCCAAAGAAGUCAUUCAGAUCCAUGUUCCUAAGUUUCUGGACAGGAAUGAUGGCUCCUUUCUCAUGCGAUAUCGGUUGUACGGAAGUGUCAAGGAAGGCUUAAAGGUGGAGAUUCUUUAUGGCGGCGCACAUGUUGCUGAAUCUCCCUAUAUCCUGAAGGGUAACGUGGUUUAGUUUUUUCUCCUGGAUUUCCAGGGCUCUGACCCGCUGGGCAUUGCUCGGUUGAUCGGCGGGGUAGGGGAGAACACCUGUAAAACCGAACUGGCAUGUUUGUGUAGUCAUUCAAAAACUUAACAGACCUUAUGCAGGCAAUUACUGUAUUUUUCCAUGUUUAAGACGAUGCUUUUUGCUGGAAAAAAAAAGGCAAAAAUUGGGUGUUGUCUUUUACACAGAUAGUGAAUGCAGAGGGGGGACAUGAUUAAUGGCAGCAGCAAGUAAGAGAUUGGCAGUGGCGAUUGGGCGGGUGAUUGGUGGCUGCAGCAAAGCCUGCUGGUGAUUGGCUGUGGCAGCAGCGAUUGGGCAGGCGAUUGGUGGCUGUGGCAAAUGGGCUGUUGGUGGCAGUAAGUGGGCAGACAAUUGGCGACUGCGGCGAGGUGUGUGAUCUGCAGUGGUGGGCAGGCGGGUGAGCAAUUGGUGGAAGUGACCUCCCCGCCCCCAAAAGCUAAACAGCUUAAUUUCUUAAUUUGGGUUUUUUUAAAAUGGGGCGUCUUAUACAUGGGGGCGUCUUAUACAUGGAAAAACUGUCUCCAAAAGAAAAUAAGUUCUCUCCCUUUUUUGCAUUCCAGAGAUCUGGAUAAGAAAGAUUGGUUUAAACCAGGGUUUCCCAAACUUGGGUCUCUAGCUGUUUUUGGACUACAACUCCCACCAUCCCUAGCUAGCAGGACCAAUGGUGAGGGAUGAUGGGAACUGUAGUCCAAAAACAGUUGAACACUCAAGCUUGGGAAACCUUGGUUUGAACCAAAGGGAAGUCAUCUGUACUGGGGCUGAUGGGAGUUGUAUUCCAAAACAGCUGGAAGGCACAAGGUUGGUAAAGGCUGGUAAAAAACAUUGAUGCUGGUGCUAAUGAGAGUAGAUGUAUUGGAACACCUUGCAGAAGGGCCAUCUUGAAUUCAUGGAAUAUUUUAUAAAGGUUGACACUAUAAAACAAUCAGUCAAUUGGCCAGUUUCCUGGUCAUGCUUAAACCCAUCUCAUGGAUUUAAAAUGCGGAUUUUGAACACAUGGAAUCAGCACUUCUGGUCCUGUUUUCCAUUCCAAGGGCCUUGAAGUCUCAAGUGGUUUAAAAGCAUUUCUUGGAAAAGGCUUGUGAGAAAAAACCUCCAUUUGCACAGAUCACAAGGUUAGGCCUCUAUCCCCCCACCCCAACAUUAUGUAUUUGUCAUCCUCUGUCUUUUUCAGGUCCAGUUUAUCAUGAAUAUUGCGAAUGUCCGGAAGAAGAUGCUCAGAUUUGGGAGAAAAGUCUUUCCUGUCCUUCAGAGCACCCUCAGAUUACCGAGGAUUUCGCUGUGUUUCCUAGCAUAGAUCUUCAGCGGAUGUUUGAUGAGGUUCCACCAAGGUUUGCCCAAAAGAUGGGAGCCAUUGUUCAUUAUACUGUCAUUGGCAAUCACGUCUAUCGCCGGUCCUUGGGGAAGUAUACAGACUUCAAAAUGUUCUCGGAUGAAAUGUUGCUGUCACUGGCGAGGAAGGUAUAUUUCCACAGAUACUCGCUUAGUACACAGUGGCCAUGUUUGCUCAUCAUGCUAAAGCAAGGAUAGCUAACCUGUGGCUCUUGCAGGUGUUCUUGAACUACAACUCCCAUCAUUGCUGAGCCUUGGCUGGUUGGGGCUUAUGGGAAUUGUAGCUCAGCAAGUUUUGAAGACCACAGGUUAGCCACCCUGACACUAAACAAUGUUCUUUUUAGCACAUUUGCAAGCCUUUGCCUCAUAUACUCCCAUUCUGCCUUCACCUCCUCCCACAUAGCUGCAUUGUUAACUAAAACAGAAAGUGCAGUCUUCCAAAGUUGCCCUCAUACCUGCGCAGUAAGAGGGGAGCAUUCAAGCCUGGGACACACUCCAUCUCAUCCAUGUUGCACUAAGCCAUGGCAUAGUGUGGUGUGCAAAAUGCAGCAGUAUAUAACAGACAUCCACCAGAGGGGUCUGCACACCAGCAAUAUCCUUUGAUCAGAGUCCUGGGACUCAGCUACAUUAGUGAAAAAACAACAACAGUGAUUUGGAUGCGCUAUAAACAUGGAACACCAGAUGGCGACAGAGAGCGGGAAAUUUUAAAAUGCGAUUUUCCAUAGAGAUUUUUUUCUUUUGUUAAAACUAUCUAAUUUCUGACUUAUUUGUAGUGUUCCCCCCUGUGUUUGGAUCCAUCCCAAGGCUCUCAAGUGAGACUUGCUUCUGAGUAGAUAUGUGUAGAGUUGUGCAGGAAGUCUCAAAUUUGCAGGUGCUUUCACCUCUCAAGCUUUUCAGUGUGCAUUGAGUGAUACCAUGCAAGUUGGCAGCUUCAAAUAAACCUUUUGCCCUAUGUUGGGAGCCACUAUCAGCAUAGAGGGAGUAAAUCAGCUGUGCAUCGAAAUGUGCUUCCCCAUCUAUAUUGGGAUGCACACUUGAAUGCACAACCAAGGGUGCAUUCCAUUGAAAGCAUCUCACUCGGAUAGACAUCCAAUUUUGCCUGUGGUUUCUGAACCAGCAAAUCACACAGACGAGGAUUUUCUAUCUCUGGUUGUAUUGGGGCAAGCUAGGAUAGAUGGGGCCCAGCUAUAAGAACAUAGGAAGAGGUGAAAUGCUUCUGGGAGAUGAUAUAUAAUGAGUUGAAAAAAAUGUUGAAAUAUACAUUUAUAAAGAAACCAGAAGCAUUUCUAUUGGGCAUUGUGGGGAGAAAUAUAAAUAGAAAGGAAUGUAAGCUCGUUUUAUAUGCAGUAACAGCAGCAAGAAUAUUAUUGGCCCAAAAAUGGAAGCAAGAAGAGUUACCAUCGAUUGAAGAAUGGAGGGUGAAGUUAAUGGACUAUGCAGAAUUAGAUAAACUAACAGGAAGGAUUUGAAACCGGCGAGACCAGAAAUACACGGAAGACUGGAGUAAAUUUACGGACUAUUUGAAAAGUAAUUGUGAAGAACAGACGACGUUUGUAGGGUUGCAAGAAGUUUUGUGAGGAGUAUUAGAAGUAUUGUAAAAAUGGACAAGGGGGGGAAUGAUUUGUUAAGAGGUGUAAAGGCAAUAUAAAGUUAAGAAAUGCAUAAGAAGUGGUUAAAACGGUGGAUCAUCAGAGGUGCUGAUGGAAGUCCAAAAAGAUUGUAUAAGUGAUAAGUUUUGUGGUACAUUUUAUAAUUUAUAUGUUAAAAUUAAUAAAAAAUAUUAUUUAAAAAAAAGAACAUAGGAAGAGCUCUUCUACUGAGCCAGACCCAUUAGUCAAUUUAGUUCAGUAUUGUCUAUGCUGACAGGCAGUAGCUCUUUGAGUGUCAGGCAGGAGACAUUUCCAGUCCCAAUUGGAGACCCUGCAAAUGGAACCAGGGACCUUUGGUGUAGAAAACAGAUGCUCCAAUCUCAUUCAUAAAAAAGAGGAAACAUUUGGGGGUGGGAUGUAACCGAAACAACAACGAAAAUGGUAGAACAAAAUACAGAGACUAAAACAUUUUUUUUCUUAUAGGGGACCACCAAAUUUGGCUUUUUAAUCUAUAGCAGCUUGUUGAUCCAUAACACUGGGUUAAUUGUUACAUCCUAUGGAAGCUAAAGCAACUAGUAGAACAGCAUGAACUACUACUAUUACUACUGAUUUACUACUUAUACACUGCCCAUCUGGCCAGGCCUCCCCAGCCACUCUGGGCGGCUUCCAACAGGAUAUUAAAAACACAGUAAAACAUCAAACAUUAAAAACUUCCCUAAACAGGGGCUGCCUUCAGGUGUGUUCUAAAAGUCAGAUAGUUGUUUAUUUCCUUGACAUCUGAUGGGAGGGCGUUCCACAGAGCGGGCACCACCACCAAGAAGGCCCUCUGCCUGGUUCCCUGUAACUUCACUUCUCGCAGUGAGGGAACCGCCAGAAGGCCCUCGGAGCUGGGCCUCAGUGUCCGGGCUGAAUGAUGGAGGUGGAGAUGCUCCUUCAGGUAUACUAUAAAGGUGUUUUGACUCGUUUUAGGUUCACCUUCCUGAUGUGGAAUUUUACCUCAAUGUUGCGGAUUGGCCCGUUGAGCAUCGGAAAGCAAACGACACCCCUGGCCCCCUGCCUAUCCUUUCCUGGUGUGGCUCUCUGGAUUCAGCAGACCUGGUGCUUCCAACCUACGAUGUCACCCAUUCAACCCUAGAAACUCUGCGAGGCGUCACAAAUGACCUCCUGUCUAUUCAAGGAAACACAGGUAACAUGGGAAUCUGUGUGUGGGGGUUUUUUCAGACAGAGGUGGGAGAUAAGCAUGUAAGAAGUGUUUGCUCUAUCAGGACAUCUGCUCCAGCAUCCUGUUCUCACAUGGCCAAUCAGAUGCCAACAGGCAGCCCUGUUUAGAGAAGUUUUUAAUGUUUAAUAGGGUAUUGUAUUUUAAUAUUCUGUUGGAAGCCGCCCAGAGUGUCUGGGGAAACGCAGCCGGAAGGGCAGGAUAUAAAUAAUAAAUUAUUAUUAUUAUUAUUAUUAUUAUUAUUAUUUAUUACUAUAACUUGAAGCCCCAAAGCAGAGCCUGUGUACAAUAGCAUCCCCCACACCUGUGAUCCCAGAAUCUGGCAUUCCAGGGUGGAUAAAAAUCUUUUUUUAAAAAUAAAAAUAAAAAUCAGAUUUUUAAAAAUUUAAAUCAGAUUUUUUUUUUUAAAUUUAAAUUGGAUUUUUUAAAAAUUUAAUUUGGGUUUUUAAAAUAAAAUGCUUUCGGAGAAAAAAAUGUUUCUAAAGAUAGUUUUCUAUUUAAGUUACAUUAUAGUCCAAAGGCUACUCAUCAGGAAAUAAGGAUUUGUUUUAAGUUUUUCAUGUGUACUAAGUUGUUUUUUAAAAAAUGUUUAACCACAUCAGUUAACAAACAUGGAUACAUAUGCUAUAAUGUUAUUGUUUUAAUUAAAUAAAUUGUUUAAAUUGUUAUUAAGGAAAUGAUUGUUUUGCUCCUUCCAACAAAGUACAGCAGAAAAGUUGUCCAAGUAUAAACAGUUAACUUAUUAAACCUCGCAAUAAUUUCAUAAUUAUCUGUCUAUGUAUUUCUAAUAGUAUAACCAAAUCAGUAAUUUUUGAUAUACCGUAUUUUUCGCCCCAUAGGAUGCACUUUUUCCCCUCCAAAAAUGAAGGGGAAAUCUGGGUGCGUCCUAUGGGGCGAAUGCAGGCUUUCGCUGAAGCUUGGAGAGCGAGAGCUGUCUAGGCUGCGGAUAGCAGCCUGCCGCCCGGCAUGCGGGGCGCCCUGAAGCAGAGCGCCCCUCGCGCCGGGCAGACAUCGGCUCCGGGGAUAGCGGGGAGGCGCAGCGCCGCCAUCCCGCUGUUCCCCGACUUGGUUUUGGGGGAGAAAUAAAGGAAAACAUUUUUUCCUUUAUUUCCCCCCCCAAAAAACUAGGUGCGUCCUAUGGGACGGAGCGUCCUAUGGGACGAAAAAUACGGUAACUGCAAAAACUACUCUGAAUAUUUAUUAUUCCAAAAAUGAAGCCUUCAUCUGGUUGUAAAUAUUAAGAUUAUACCAGCAAGAAUCAAGUGUUACAGACUAGUGAUUUAAAUCUUGAUUUAAAUCGAUUUGAUUUGAUUUAAAUCAAAUCCACCCUGCGGUAUUCAGAAACAUAGUGCCUCCCGUAGCAGAGGAAGAAUAGUAUUUUGAACAUUGAUAAUGGGUGGGGGGUGGCCUCGUUGAAGAAAAAUAAUACUGCUUGCAAAUUGUAAUCUCCGGAGAACAAAUAUUAGGCCUCCCAAGUUGCUUAGGGCAUUUUGGUGUGCUGGCUGGGGCUGAUGGAAUUUGUAGUCACAAACAUCUGGAAGGCACCAGGUUGGCAAAGGCUGCACUAGGACUUCCAAGAUUUCUGUUCUCCCUCCUCCUCUAUUCUAUCACCCGUUAAUUCCAGGACCUGCCUGGGACAACAAAACAGAACAAGGAUUCUUCAGAGGUCGAGACAGCCGGGAAGAACGGCUUCAGCUGGUGCAGCUGUCUAAGGAAAACCCAGAACUGCUGGAUGCUGGAAUAACAGGUUACUUCUUCUUCAGAGAAAAGGAGGCGGAGCUGGGGAAGGCUCCAUUGAUGGGGUUCUUUGACUUCUUUAAGGUAUACCGCCUAUCUUGCUAACACCGAGAGGAGACAGACAAAUGUCCUUGUUUUUCGUUUUCUCUUGAAGCUCUGUUUAAGAGCCUGUUUCAGUGUUAAGGAACAUCCUGCCUGGAAACUAGUGCCUCACCUAAACAUGCAAUAUUGCAUACAUACAUCAUCAUCAUCAUCAUCAUCAUCAUCAUAAUUUAUUAUUUAUACCCCGCCCAUCUGGCUGGGUUUCCCCAGCCACUCUGGGUGGCUUCCACAAAGACCAAAAAUACACCAGAUGUCACACAUUAAAAACUUCCUUGAACAGGGCUGCCUUAAGAUGUCUUCUGAAUGUCAGGUAGUUGUUUAUCUCUUUGACAUCUGAUGGGAGGGCGUUCCACAGGGCGGGCGCCACUACCGAGAAGGCCCUCUGCCUGGUUCCCUGUAGCUUUGCUUCUCGCAAUGAGAGAACCGCCAGAAGGCCUUCGGCGCUGGACCUCAGCGUCCGGGCAGAAUGAUAGGGGUGGAGCCCCCAGCCCUACUUGUGUGUUUUACUGCAAGCGUAUACCCAUUGCCUAUCAUUUCCUCCAGCUUGCGUGCAUCCAAAAUACAUGCCUGCGUGAUCAUCACACCUGAGAUUGCGUAUGUGGGUUGCGAUCUGUACCACUGCAGAGGUAGGAAUUUUGGAGACUUUGAAGCAGCCUCCGUUUCAAAAUGGACAAAAAAGAUAAGGAUGGCGAUAAGUCAUGUAGAUGGCAGAUUGCCUCCGGGAUCACAGAGUCAGUAGGUCUAGGAAUACCAGUUGCUGGAGAGAGGUAUUGCACUCAUGUCCCGCUUAUGGGCUUUCCAUAGACAUCUAGUUGGUCACUUUAGAAGCAGGCUGCUGAAUUAGAUGGUCGUUUGGUCUGCUCGCAGCGGCGCUUUUAUGUUCCCUUUGAAACAUGAGAUGUUUCCUUUAAACCACUUCAGGCUUAUUUGUACACCCAACACAGUGUACAGUGGUACCUCAGGUUACAUACAGUUCAGGUUACAUACGCUUCAGGUUACAGACUCCGCUAACCCAGAAAUAUUACCUCGGGUUUAGAACUUUGCUUCAGGAUGAGAACAGAAAUCGUGCUCUGGCGACGCGGCAGCAGCAGGAGGCCCCAUUAGCUUCAGGUUAAGAACAGUUGCAGGUUAAGUACGGACCUCCGGAACGAAUUAAGUACUUAACCUGAGGUACCACUGCAGUCUAUUCUGGCAGGUAAUAGCCCUCCAGGAUCUUAAACAGAGGUCUUUCCCAUUGCCUUCUACCUGACGCUUUUAACUGAAGAUGGCAGGCACCGAACUGUUCACUUUGUGCAUGAAAAGGAUGUGCUUUUACUACCAAGCUGCAGUUUCUCUUUCGAACCAGGGUCCGACCCACACAACCCCAAGCACUUCCUUGCAUAUACAGUGGUACCUCGGGUUAAGUACUUAAUUCGUUCUGGAGGUCCGUUCUUAACCUGAAACUGUUCUUAACCUGAAGCACCACUUUAGCUAAUGGGGCCUCCCACUGCUGCCGCGCGAUUUCUGUUCUCAUCCUGAAGCUAAGUUCUUAACCCGAAGUACUGUUUCUGGGUUAGCAGAGUCUGUAACCUGAAGCGUAUGUAACCCGAGGUACCACUGUACUGGGUCUCCUUUGAUGUGAAGUUCUGGUUUUCAUUUUACUCAUGUUGCAUCAGCAGCUAAUCCCGCAGACCCCCAGAGUUUUAGGUAGGGCUUAUCCGAUGGGUUGCUUGCUGUGGUUUGAAGGAGAGCUCAGAAAACCCCCUUGUACAUGGCUGGAGUUUCCUAUCAGGUACUUGGGAUUGCAGUCUUGAGCUGAAAGGUGACCAGAAAACAGAUAGGGUUUGUUGCUGUUACCCAAACUGAAACGAUUUGACUUAGCCAAGGGUGCAGUGCUUGAUCCCAAUGCAUGCUUGGUUCAUGCUGCUUUCCUCCUCCUCCUCUCCCCUCAGUACAAAUACCAAGUGAGUAUAGAUGGCACAGUUGCAGCCUACAGGUUUCCCUACCUCAUGCUGGGGGACAGCCUUGUGAUCAAGCAGGCUUCGCAGUACUACGAGCACUUCUAUAAGGAGCUGGCGCCCUGGACCCACUACGUCCCCGUUAAAAGAAACUUGGAAGACUUGCUGGAAAGAAUAAAGUGGGCCAAGGUAAUCAUCCUUGCCGCAGAAGAAAAGCUGGGUAUUAUAAAUUGCAGCACCAUUUCCCAGCUGUAGUCUGUUGUAAAGAAAACAUGAGGAUAGAUAAGCCAUGUUCCUGCUCUCCUUAUAGGAAAAGGCAAGCCUUGGAGGGAAGGAUACCAGAUAUAAUAAUAAUAAUAAUAAUAAUAAUAAUAAUAAUAAUAAUAAUUUUUAUUUAUACCCCGCCCUCCCUGGCCAGAGCUGGGCUCAGGGCGGCUAACACCAGUAAAAUUACAAUAAAAACAUAAUGGGGGGGGGAGGGGAAAAAAACAAGUUAAAAUACGGGUUAAAAUACAAUUUAAAAUGCAUCCUCAUUUUAAUAGUAGCCCAUUUGCAUCAGCACCUAAGCUCAGCACCUUUCAGCUUCUCCGGAUGUGAUAGGAUGUAGAAUUAUAGUUUGGUUCUCAUAGCUUUGAAAACCUCCCUAUGUUGGAGUCACAAACCACAGCUGGCAAGUUGUAACUGCCAGCCCAUGAUGGAGUGUAUUCAGACUCCUUGUGGUUUAGGUAGGAACUGAGAACUUAGUAGAUGAAGAGACAAGUGUAGUUGUUUAAAAAAUACCAACCUUCCAAAAGUUCUAAUCCAGAGAAGAGGGAGGAAAACACUAGGAACUUUGAAACAUAGCCCCAGAACUGCAAAGUACAAAUUCACAAUUGUGUUCUUCUGUAUUUUCAAUCUAAGCCGCAUUUCCUUGUAUUAACAGGGAUGGGUCUAUUUUUCAGCUCCGCGGCACAUAAAUGCGUAAUGAUUAUAUGGGUGGAAGAAGACAAUUACUGCUCUGUGUUCUGAGUAACCAAAUCCGUGUGAGAGAUGUCAAACCUGUCUGUACACUUAGCUGUUGCUUGGGCAAUAAGGGUAGCUUUCCUGAAAUUAAGAAAUCCCUCUCUCUAACUGUGCCAGGCUGCUACUGCUGCUUGGGGGAGGAUAAUAUCAUUAAAGCUUUGGAUAAAGUGUGGGUAAAAAUAUAAAAAGAUUGGAAUUAACUUUGGAGGCUCUUUCUGUGUGUAGGCUUGUACAAUACAGUAGCUGUCCAUAGCUUAGCAUUUCUGCAGCUGCUGAAAAUCUGAGUGCCCCUUCUUGCUGAACACAAUCGCAUAAGACUCCUUAGUUGCUCUAUUAUUUUAUUCUUAUGGGGUAUUUAUAUCCUACCUUACUAACAGAAGUUCUCAAGGUGGCUUACAUAAUAAAAUAUAAUAUAAUAUAAUAUAAUAUAAUAUAAUAUAAUAUAAUAUAAUAUAAUAUAAUAUAAUAUAUACAAUUAAAUAGACAGUAGCAGCACAGUAGUUCCUACAACAGCUGAGUCUCCUGGCCAAGUACUAAUGCUUGAACACAGUUUAUUCCUAUUCCUUAGGAAAAUGAUGAAGAAGUCAGAAAAAUUGCCAAGGAAGGACAGGCAGCUGCUAGAGAACUGCUGCAGCCUCACCGGUUUUAUUGCUACUAUUUCAAAGUGUUCCAGGUUAGUCCAGAUUUCAGUCUAUGCUUAUGCUGUUCCGAACCAUACCGUCCACUCUCUCAUGAAACUUGACCGUGGUGGUCUUAAAAUGGUCUGGUUUCACAGCAAACCAGGAUCUGGAACCAUGGUUUGCUCCUGCCUCACUAACCAUAGUUUAAACCAGGGACAGGCCACAUAUCCUGCUGAGAGGUGGUUGAGGAGCCAGCCACACAUGCGUAAUCGCACAAUCAUUUCUCUCGCUAAAUUAAAGUUGUACAAUUAAAGUGGAUUUGACCCUCUUCCAGCACAAGAAAUCCACUUCCAGGAAUUUUGGGGGACUUCUUGCAGUAGGGAAAGUGAUGAGAAAAUGCUUCAGAAAGUGCAGGAUAACCUUUGCUUGACAAAACAUAGUAUAAACUGCCUGCAAAAACUAAGUAAAUCAGAAUGAAAGCUCAUUAAGGAGUGGUGUUGUAUAAUGUCCCCACAAACAUCUAAGCUCAAUAAACAGAGUAAACAUGCUGGAAAUGACCAGGGUUGUGAAAGGGAGAGAUGUUUUUGUUUUGAAUAGUCUGCUGUUGUUUCAGUUUCUUUCCAACCUGUUUUACGUAUUUCAGAAAUAUGCUGAACGCCAAGCUGGUAGACCUGAAAUACGGGAUGGGAUGGGAUUUGUACCUCAGCCUGAUGACAGGACUUCAGUCUGCAGCUGCCACAGGAAAAAGCCUUCAAAGGAAGAGUUAUAAGUAACCCUGCCAAAUGAGAUCAAAUAUAUAGCCUGUUGCAAGAAUGAGGCAAGACCUAAAAUCACAUUUAACACUCUGGAAUCUGGAACUAGCUUGUACAUGGAGAAAUAUUCACAAUUCAGUCCUACAGCGUCUGUUCAGAAGUAAGCACCAUUCAGUUUGAUGGGGCUUGCUUUUCGCUAAGUGUGUGUUGGAGUGUUGUCUUGGAUACCUUCCUUUGCUCUCUGUUUCCUCUACAAGUUGCCAUGUGUGCCUUUUAAAAAUCUGAACAGAGAAUAUAUAAUGGUAAGGAAAGCUCUCAGACAGACUGUAUCCUUCACUUGCAUGAAGUGUUUAUGGGGCUAGUUUUCUAGAUCACUUUCAAAGCACUCCACAUAAUUUGUCUCCUUGAUCCUCGCAGCAGCCAGUUAAGGCAGGUCAGUAUUAUUUACUGUGUAAUACAACUAGGGCUUGAGGGCACCCUAGAUUAUCAGCGAGUUUACACCUAGAGUGUGAUUAUAAACAAGGUCUCCACAGUUCACACACCCUCCCUUAGCGACUUUACCAGCUGUCUUGGCAUAGAUGCUUAAUUUUUAUUAACGAUGGGGAGAAAUUGGUCUGUUUCUUCAUAUUCCUUGUCUAAAUCAGAUCCUGCUGUUUAAUGACUGAAACUCUUUUAAGAGCAGUUCUGCACGUUGUAUAGAAUGAAGUGGUAGAAUUAUGGGCUGUUUUGUUAAUUAUUUGUUGGGUUUAGAUACCACCCUUCCUCCCAAAGGGAGCCCAGGGCAGUAUUACCAGGUGCAUUGGUGUACCACAUUUCCCCACGUAAAAACAGAAUAACUCCCUCGUUCAAAUAUCACUUCAGCUACGAAUUCUGUAAGCAGCUACUAACCCUGAGUCUCAAUUCCCAUCUGAAUCGGCGGCUUUGCAUGUAAAAAGGUCAUAGGUUCAGUCCCAAAUUAAAGGAUGCCACAUAGCAGGGCUUGAGCAAGACUUUAACCUAGACUUGGGAUAGCUGUUAGCAUAGUCCAGGGAUAGACAGUCUGUUUCCCUCCUGAUGUUGUUGGGGACCAACUCCCAUUAUAUCUGAUCAUCAGCCAUGCUGGAUGAAGGCUCGUGGGAGUUGGGAGUCCAACAACUGGAAGACCACGGAUUCCUCAUCCCUGAUACAGUCAGUUCUGAGCCUGAAUAAUUGAUCUAAUGAUGUAAGGCAACUUGUUCUGAAGGAGUGUCUCCACCCCCAUUGUUCAGCCCCAGACACUGAGGUCCCGCUCCGAGGGCCUUCUGGUGGUUCCCUUACUGUGAGAAGUAAGGUUACAAGGACCCAGGCAGUGGGCCUUCUCGGUAGUCGUGCCUGCCAUGUGGAAUGCCUUCCUGUCAAAUGUCAAGGAAAUAAACAUCUAUCUGUCUUUUAGAAGACAUCUGAAGGCAGCCCUGUACAGGGAUGUUUUUAAUGGUUGAUGUUUUAUUGUGUUUUUAAUAUUUUUGGGGAGACGCCCAGAGUGGGUGGGCCAAUCCAGUCAGAGGGGCAGCAAAGAAAUAAAUUAUUAUUAUUAUUAUUAUUAUUAUUAUUAUUAUUAUUAUUAUUUGUAGGAAGUAUACAGAGGGGACACUUAUCUCCCCUGAAUUUCUUACUAUUCUAACCUCUGGCAUGUUUUCCAGGCCAUUUAGACAAAUGAAAUGUAGGUGCGCCAUAAACGGCUUUGCAGACAGGUGAACUCUUUAUGUUGUUGAGCAAGUGUCGUACAUGUAUGAAUCUGUCAAUGGAGUUAGUGUUGUUAUCAUUAAUACAAGUCACAUCUUGUAUUUCAGAAUAGGCACCUACCAAAAAGUUGCCUCCCAGAUCUUUAAAUUAGGUCACUGUGUAAAAGCACUGGAGUAUUUUUUGAAGUUGCUGUGUAACAAGUCUCCACCCCCCAUUAACAGGAAAGGAAAGCUUGCAUAAAUCUGCCAACGGAGCUCUGUCGUGGAAUUGAACCACAUCACCUAUGAAGUUAACUGUUCAUGAUUCCCUGCCACCAGAAAGGCUUUGCUUGGGGUAUCAUUUAAUCAAAAUAUCUGCUGAACCUAAAAAAGAAGAAACUUAAGUUGAUGGAAGGCAGAUGUAUCUCUUCUAGGUGCACAGAAAUUAUGUAUAGUGAGAAUCAGGCAAGCACAGACCUACCCCAGCCUUUUCUAGAGCAAACCUUAAUUCAUAUUUAUCAAUCCACCACAAAGCCCCGUUUGUCACACAUGGAGCCAAUGAACUGGUGUGAGAUUAAUCCUAGUCCUUGAUGGUAUUGGCUACAUAUGGAUAUAUUUUAAUUUUACACCAGGGAUGGGGUGAACCUGUGGCCCUCCAGAUGUUUUUGGACUCUCAGCUCCCAUCAGGCCCAGAAUACAUGGCCAAUGGUCAGCGAUAUUGGGAGUUGUUCUCCAAAACUUCUGAAGAGCACCAUCUUCAGGUUCAUCGUCUCCGAUAUACACCAUGCCCAGAUUUAUAAACGAACUCCUUUUUGUAAGCAGUGGGUGACUCUGGUAAAGUGCUGUUUUGGUGACACUUUUAUCUGGAUUCCGGAUGCCCAAAGCCAAAAAUUAAAUUAGGGGAGCUGCUUUAUUUAAAAGGUACUGAUAUCAUACUCUGCAAAUAAUCCUGUGGUUGCAGGUUUGAGGAGAAAAUGAAUCAUAGCUGUAGUCCAGCCCAAUAUUAUGUUCUGUGCAAUCCUCUACACAUCUACUCAGAAGCAAGUCCCACAGAGUUCAGCGGGGUUGAAUUCCACACGCAAGUGCUGCAGCUGUUUAAAACUGCACAUAACCCUGGAUGUAAGCCUCCCUAAACUACUUGCAAAGGAUUGGGCUGCAUGUCCCAUUGAUUCCAAUGAGAAAAUGUAACACAUUUUACAAUGCAAUCCUAUUCACAUUCACCAUGUUUUUUUUGUUGCUGACCUAAUACAGCAUUAGCCAAAUCUACAACAUUGCAAUAGCAUUCGUAAAUCAGUGUUGGUUGUUGGUUGUUUUAAAGCAACAUGGACUCAUUAAAAACAACUGCUUUUGUUUAUGGUGUUAUUACUAACCACAAUAGUUUACAUUCCUUACUUGUUUAUAGCAUUCAGUCCGUUUAUGACUGAUUCAAAGGUCCUUCAGAUCUGUAUAGCAAAUCAUGAUCUUCAUCUAAAACUUCAGCUUUUUCUGGUUAUUUGAGUUUAUGUUUCUGGUUUCUCAUUCUUGAAAAAUUUGGAUUCUCGAAUAAAGCAUGUGGAAGAGUGUUUUUCAACCUA